UAAAAGCCUAUAAUAAAAGUCAUUUUUCUAAUGGGUCCAUACCAUUCUUUGUCUUAAGUUUGCACCUUCCCCUUUAAAUCCCUCCGUCAGUCAUCACUCUUUCUUUAUAAUCUUCACUCUCUCUACGAGUCCAAGAAAGAGAGAGCAGAGAGAGAUGGACCAAGAACAAGAACUUGUCAGAUGGGAAGGGUAUGUAGACUGGAGAAACAGGCCAGCACUGAGAGGCAGCCAUGGAGGAAUGCUUGCUGCCUCUUUCGUAUUGGUGGUGGAAGUAUUAGAGAACCUGGCAUAUCUGGCAAAUGCAAGCAACUUGGUUUUGUAUUUAUCAGAAUACAUGCACUUAUCUCCUUCUAGAUCUGCUAAUAAUGUCACGAAUUUCAUGGGAACUGCUUUUCUUUUAGCCCUUCUCGGUGGGUUUCUUUCUGAUGCUCUUUUCACUACUUAUCGCAUCUACCUGAUAAGUGCUGCCAUUGAAUUUCUGGGACUAGUGAUACUGACGGUGCAAGCACGAUCAUCGUCGUUGAAGCCGUCGGCGUGUGACCCAGAAAAUGCCACCGCACCGUGCGAAGAAGUAAAUGGCGCGAAAGCUGCAAUGUUGUUUAUCGGACUGUAUCUGGUGGCUCUUGGUGUUGGAGGGAUAAAAGGGUCAUUGCCUGCACACGGAGCAGAGCAAUUCGAUGAGAGCACACCACAGGGAAGAAAGCAGAGAUCAAGUUUCUUCAAUUACUUCGUCUUCUGUUUAUCUUGUGGAGCCUUAAUUGCAGUCACAUUUGUUGUUUGGAUUGAAGACAACAAAGGCUGGGAAUGGGGAUUUGGAGUCUCUACAAUUGCUAUACUUUUGUCUAUCCCUAUCUUCCUUGCUGGCUCACCCACUUACAGAAACAAGAUUCCUUCUGGAAGUCCUCUUACUACCAUUUUCAAGGUUUUGGUCGCUGCUUCAAUUAACACCUGCAAGAGCAGAAGUCCAAGCAAUGUUGUAGCUAACCUGAAUACAAGCCCUUUCAAUCAAACUGCAGACAUUCAAAGCCUGGAAUCCAAAGGGACUUCGAGUGAAAUAAUACCGAUUGAAACUUCAACAGAAAGCUUAAGCUGUCUUAACAGAGCAGUAAUGAAAAGACCAGUCCAUUCUAAACUAGAAUGCACAAUACAAGAAGUAGAAGAAGUCAAAAUUGUUAUUAAAAUCCUCCCAAUAUUUGCUUGCACUAUAAUGCUGAAUUGCUGCCUAGCUCAACUCUCCACAUUUUCUGUACAGCAAGCAGCAACCAUGAACACCAAACUCGGUUCAUUAAAAGUCCCUCCUGCUUCCCUUCCGAUCUUCCCUGUAAUCUUUAUCAUUAUCCUAGCACCGAUUUACGACCAUUUUAUUAUUCCAUUUGCAAGAAAAAUAACCAAAUCUGAAAUGGGUAUUACCCAUUUGCAAAGAAUUGGGAUAGGUUUAGUUCUGUCUUCAAUAGCAAUGGCAAUAGCAGCUCCAGUCGAAAUCAAGCGAAAAAGAGUUGCUACAGAUUCAGGACUAUCACAUGACUCAACAACUCCUUUGCCAAUAACAUUCUUUUGGAUAGCAUUUCAGUACUUGUUCUUGGGAUCAGCAGAUCUUUUCACUUUGGCAGGACUUUUAGAAUUUUUCUUCACAGAAGCACCUACAAGCAUGAGAUCGUUAGCUACUUCGCUUUCUUGGGCUUCACUGGCCAUGGGAUAUUACCUCAGCUCAGUAAUUGUAUCGGUAGUAAACAAUAUUACAGGUAACUCCACGCAUAGACCAUGGCUAUCAGGCAGCAACAUAAAUGAAUAUCAUCUCGAAAGAUUCUACUGGCUCAUGUGUGCGCUUAGUGCUGUCAAUUUCUUGCAUUACCUUUAUUGGGCUAACUGGUAUAAGUACAGAUCAAUAAGAGUUUCUUAAUUAGGCAAAAAUUAUCAAUUUGUAUGUAUAGAUAUAGCUGAAAAGCAAACCCUUGGGUGAUGUUUAUAAGUCCAGUUGAUGGAUCUUAAAUUUUCCCAUUAGACAUAGGAGAUAAAAUCAAGUGCCAGGGGCAGAGCAAGGAGAUCAGAGUUAUUUCCAUCUUGUAAUCCAAUAUUUUCUACGUUGUAAUAGCUAGAAAGUAGUUUGUUCAUUUUAUCCAAGGAAAAUUGAUUAA